AUGUUAUUAGAAAAAAUUUACCAACUCUACGCAGAAAGUUUUAGUAAAUCAGUAUAUAUUAAAAUAAUUUACAGUGCCAAUGUAUUCCACGAUUUUAAGAGGGGCUGUUGAAAUCGCUGUUUUUUCAAGAUACGUAAAGUAUCAAAUUUUUGUAAACUACAUACUCUAUUCUAAUAGCCAAAAAGAAUCAUACAGCAAGUUUUAAGGAUUUAUCAAGUAAAGAGAACAUUUCAAGAUCAUAAUGAAUUUCGUCAUGAAAAGAAUUCUUUAAUGCCUUUACAUACAAUUGAAUCUUUAUAA